UCCCUGGGCUACUUUUAAACUCCUGUGUGAGCUUCGUAUCGAUACUGUCUUUUACAUCCUCUGUGCCUUGGGUUGAAAAAGCCCGCAGGACCAGUCCAGAUGAAUGCAAUUUUGAACUGCAGACCGGAUGACUUGGAAGAUUACUACAGCUUGCUAGGAUGCGAUGAACUAUCUACGGUUGAACAAAUUACUGCAGAAUUUAAGAUUAAAGCCCUUGAAUGUCAUCCUGACAAACAUCCUGGAAACCCCAAAGCAGUGGAGAAUUUCCAGAAGCUACAGCAAGCUAAGGAGAUCCUUACUAACGAAGAGAGUCGAGCGCGUUACGAUUACUGGCGACGAAGCAAAAUUACCAUUCCGUUCCAGCAAUGGGAGGCCCUGAGCAAUUCUGUGAAAACGUCAAUGCACUGGGCUGUCCAAAAUAAGAAGGACCAAAUGCUGGAAGCUCCUGACUUGAAUAAUAGCAACAGGGUAACUGAUGAGAUUUGGACCGAACAGACUGAAGACAAUGAAGAUGGAUUGUCAGAUGGCAACAGCGAGCACGAUCAUGUUGCAGUUCCUGAUGUGAAACCACAGUCUUCAAAGAAUCCAGACUCCCCCAGUAAGUGAAACCAGCAGUUAC